GCUCGGCGGCACCGCCUGGGCCAAUAUGGCGGCGCCCAGAGGCGCGGGGCUGUGAGGCGAUGCUGGCGUUGGGCCGCGGCCUGGCGGGGGCGGCCCGCGGGGCACUCACCGCGCUGAGGGUCGGCCGCGGGGCGGCUGGGGCUGCCUGCAGUCCUUUUAUUCAGACAGCAAGAUGUUACGCCAGACCUGUGAGAAGGAAGUUGAAAGACAUCCCCAGCCAUUUGGAUGAUCUCCCUCCAACAAUGUUGAAGAAAGAUUAUGCCAGUAUCCCAGUAAUAAAUAGUGUUGACGAUGUAGUGAAAAGAUUAUUGUCACUGGAAAUGGCAAACCAGAGGGACAAAAUGAAGAUAAAGAUACAGCAGCUGGUAGAGAAGGUCAGGAGGUCUCCCAGUGACAAUGGCUCCUUUGAGGUGCAAACUGCUAUACUGACUGCCAAGAUACGCACUUUUGAGGAACAUCUUCACAGGCAUCCCAAGGAUAAAAAUAACCGUCGUCGCAUGCUGAUGGCCAUGGAUCGCCGGAAUAAACUGCUUGCAUAUCUUCGCCGUGUCCGCUACGAUGUCUUUGAAAACACCUGCAAGCAGCUGAACAUCCAGUAUACACCACGCCCUGCCUACUCCAGGAGGGUCACCAAGCGCUGGGUUGUUAAGAAGGCUUUCUGUGUCAAGGUUUUCCAGGAGGCACGGAAGCUGAAAGCAGCAGAGAGGCAGAAGGAGAGAAGAAAGUGGCAAGAGAGAGCCAGGGCUGCAAAGGAGAAGCAGGCUCAAAGCGAAGGGACACCUGUGUAGCAGCACACUGGGUCUGUGCUACAGCCAGCCUCUCCAAAAAUAAAGAGCUCCCAAAAGGG